AUGGGUUGGCUCAGAAAAAUUCUGAAAGGUUCUGCUUCCAACUCCAGGAUACAAUCGAACAACAACGAGGAUGGCGACUGGGACAAGCCUUGUGAUUUGUCGGAUGAAGCAUUGGAUAGUGAGAGAGAAGAAACACAUUAUACAACUACUCUUUCUUCAGCUGAAGAAAACGAAGCAGAGGAAGACCAAGAAUCCGAUGAUGGUCAGUCAGAGACUGGUGAUGAACAAUAUUACAAAGCCAGCCACUUGGUGAAUGAAGAUGAGCGAAUCGCCGAGGCUCUCCCACAAAGUUUAGUCUUCAAUUCAAAUCCUCUGUGGGAAAUCGAGAACAUAUUUCCCCAUUUUCCAUUCUCGUUUUAUUCUGAGGACAGACAGAGAUCUAAUGAAAGCUGUGAGGAUGAUGAACGUUGUUCUAGUGCCAAUGAGCCCAACAAUGCAGAGGACGAAUCAACAGAGAGCGAAGAACAAGAAAGGGACUACCAAAUCGCCCACAUUCGUUCCUUCUCAGAAGAUGGUCAAGUGAUUCUGAUUCAGAUUAAUGGUGAAGGUUAUUCAGAGGAUGAUCUCUAUGGAGAGGCAUGGACCAAGGACUGGAUACGAUAUGAAGAACUGAAAUCGGAGCAUGAAGAUGAUCAACCCACCCUGUCUUUCCAACAAAAUAUGGCCUUCGCAUUAUCCUCACCUUUUGACAUUGCAAAUAUAUCCCCACCUUUUCCGUUCUCAUUUUAUCCCGAUAACGGAUCCCAGUGGAUGCAAAUGGCCGUCUUCUGUUCCGUCGUCAUCCUUUUUGGCGACAAAAGUACUGUCGUGCGCAUGGGAGAGAUGGGACACCAUCUUGUUGUUGUUGCAAAAGAUUGA